CCCACCUGCUUCCUCUCGCUUAGUGACUGGAGGAAACGAGAAGCCCCCGGUCAACCCAGUUGGCUUGAAGUUUGGGGAGGAGUCAAAGGCAGAGGGGGAGGAGUCAAAGGCAGAGGGGGGGGCAGAGAAGGGCAAUGUGGCCUCCUCAGCUUGUGGAGAUGAUAGCUUGAUGGAGGCUUCUCCGGCUCAGGAGGUUGAGGUGGCAGAAGAGGCGGAGAUUGACAAAUGUGCCAACAAGAAUGUCAGCGGCAGGGGUCGUGGGCGUGGUCGUGGUAGGGGCAAAGCUACGGCCAUGAAGAGACCUUCGGCAGCCACGCCCAACAGUCCCAAGAGAGUCUAUGAACGCACUCGCCACACGGGCGUCCAUGCCGGUGACAAGUACAAGGGUUUCCUGAACACAGCCACUCGUGUGACUUACUACUCCAAGCGUCAGGCGGAAGAAGCAAAUGGCUUCCCGAAAGAUUCCUAG